GCUGUUUGGGUGUUCCAAGGUGAAGAAAAGCCAACAAAAGUCAUCCGUUCUCGAAAUGAUGUGUCAAAAGCGGGUCAUAUUGCAACAAUUCCUCUUAAUGAGUAAAGAACUGUUACUGCGGAUUGGUAUACCACCAUUUGUUUGCCAAAAGUCAUCACCGAGUUUCGAAAAAUUAACCCCGAAAGAAGAAUCGUCCUCCACCAAGACAAUGCAAGCUCGCACACAGCCCAAAAAACAAGGCAGUAUUUAACGGAAGAAAACGUGGAAUUAUUGGACCAUCCUCCAUAUAGUCCCGAUCUAAAUCCUAACGAUUUCUUUACUUUCCCGAAAAUUAAGAACAGACUGCGUGAUCAAAGGUUCCAGUCACCAGAAGAAGCAGUUGACGCAU